UCAUCACACAUCAUAUCAUAUCAUACCAUUCAUAUCACCGUCAUCUCCACCGCCACCUCCCCUCCCCUCUCCUGAAUUCCGAUCGCGCUCAUCCCUCCUCCCUCAAUCCAUCUAGCUCGGAUCUGCCCGUACUCACUUCUUUCUACGUUCAAUUUCAGGCCGCACCGCAAUCCAAAUCCACUCGUCAAUUCGAUCCCAUGGAUCUGGCUUCCGAAGAGCUUCAAUUUCUCAGCAUCUCCGACAUCCUCAAGGAAUCCAUUUCAAUCCCUAAGCAAUCCCCCAAAACCUUCUAUCUCAUAACCCUCACCCUGAUUUUCCCCCUUUCCUUUGCCAUUCUUGCCCACUCCCUCUUCACCCACCCCAUCAUCGCACAGCUCCAAACCAACCCCUCCGACGCUUCCUCCAAGCUUCUCGUUUUCCAAUUCUUCUACCUCAUCUUCCUCUUCGCCUUCUCCCUGCUCUCCACCGCCGCCACUGUCUUCACCGUCGCGUCCCUCUACACCUCCAAGCCCGUCUCUUUCUCAUCCACCAUCGCCGCCAUCCCCAGUGUUUUUAAGCGCCUCUUCAUCACCUUUUUAUGGGUCUCUCUGUUGAUGGUUGUCUACAACAUUGUGUUCUUGGUGUUUCUUGUGCUGCUCGUUAUUGCCGUGGACACCGAUAAUGUUCUCUUGUUCUUAUUCUCCCUGGUGGUUGUGUUCUCCUUGUUCCUGGGCGUGCACGUUUAUAUAAGCGCCCUGUGGCAUCUCGCUAGCGUUGUGUCUGUUCUAGAGCCCGUUUAUGGCUUUGCAGCUAUGAAGAAGAGCUACCAACUGUUGAAGGGAAAGACUGGCAUGGGGUUUGUUCUCGUUUUUGUCUACUUAGCUAUUUGCGGUGUGAUUAACGGGCUUUUUGGAUCCAUUGUGGUCCAUGGAGGAGAUGAUUAUGGAGUAUUAACAAGGAUUACUGUCGGUGGUUUCCUUGUUGGUGUGUUGGUGAUUGUGAAUUUGGUCGGGCUGUUGGUCCAAAGCGUGUUUUACUAUGUUUGCAAGAGCUACCAUCAUCAAGGCAUUGAUAAGGGUGCACUUUAUGAUCAUCUUGGUGGCUACCUUGGGGAGUAUGUACCCCUCAAGAGCAGCAUUCAGAUGGAAAACUUGGAUGUCUGAUGCCACGCUGUGUCUCUCCAAAGUCUGGUGACUUUAAUAGAAGAGCACAUGUAAAGUCAAAACCUUUUGAAAGGGGGUGGUGUGCGUGUGUUUGUGAAAUUGGACAUCUGUUGUUUGUUUCUGUACAAAGUUGCGGUUGUCCUAAACUAUUUGUUGCUAUACCCUUGAUUCUUUGAUGUUCAAUGUUUCUUGUUUCUCUUUUGGCACGGAUAGGUUGUUCUGUGAAUUAAUUGAUACUUUAUGUAGUAUGGUAUUACUGCAGCAUUGAACUGGUGCUGAGCUGAUAAGUAUAUCUAAGCUAGGCUUUCCAUGUA